AUGGAGCCCCUACAUAUGACCGAAUUCGGUUCUGACCGAUACUUAGAGAAGAUCAACCAGCAAGCGCAAGCAAAUGCUAAUUCUGCGCCCCCGCCGCCCGUCGCAGGGCUUCCACAAUCCAAAUUCAUUCUUCCCAUUCGGGGUUCCGGCUUGUCCACUACGGAUGAGCCUGCUCCAAGGUCCCAGGACCAGAAACGUUCUGAAAAGAAGCACUUUGGCUUCCUCAGGCACAAGUUGCACCAAAGACACGCGCUUGUUGUCAACCCUGUUAAACCCGACCCGACACCAGCCACGAGUAAACAAAGGCAGGUCCCUAACUUUCUCGCUUUUCUCAUACCGUUUGACCAACUCUUUGCCUCCCUCCCAAACGAGCUUCAAAUCGAAAUCAUUGCAUCGCUCCCAUUAUCCGAUAUUCUAAACCUGCGCGGGGCAUCACGGUCUCUCCACGCCCUGGUCUCUUUGAACGAGGCCCCAAUCACCCGAUACCAUCUUGACCACCACGUUCCUGCUUACGCGAAGCGCCUUUACCCUCCCCCUCCCGGUGUUCCUCUCAACUUCCACUAUCUUUGCGGCAUCUGGCAUCGCCUUCAUGUCGCUGCUAAAUUAUCCUAUCUCAUAUGCGAAUGGGUUUCCAAGGAGUUGUUCUUCAGAAACACGGAGGAAAAGAGAAGAGAAUUUGCGCCACAGCGCGAGCGAAUGCGACGCCGCCUUAUACCAAGACUCUUUACCCUCUUUCACUUUUUCGAAACUUACCGUCGACUUCAUCUCCAGUAUCUCAUUGAACACGACGGACACGGAUUGCGCAAUACUCCACACACCCUCAAUCCCAUCGAAGCCCAGAUCAUGAGUAUGUACGACGACCGCACGCUCCUGCUUGUCCAUGAAACAUUCCCUCUCGUCAUCUCCUCGUUCUGUCGACGGCUACGACCCCCCACGUAUGUUGGUCUUGUUGAGCGCUCGUUGAGAGGUUAUCUUAGGGAAAAGCCUCCUGACGAGGUCCAUGUGGCAAUCCUCUGUCUGGGUGGCUUGCGUCAAGUCGAAAGGAUAUGGGAAAUCAAAGGAUAUAACGCCCGCCGCGCAGCUGUGGACAAUUGGUACGCUUCUCUCACUCAAGACACCACUGAACAGGAGACCAAGAAGCGCCGUGGCGUGCUUGGGGGACUGAAACGCAAGAAAUCCUCGCUUGUGCUGGGAAAAAACAGCAGCUGUAGCGGUAUCAGCACGGGCGCAAGUGAUUCAGCACCGGGAUCCCGGAGAUCCAGUAACGGAAAGGCUCCAGAAAGUCUGGUCUACUGUACCAGUCUGGCCGCUGGUAUGCCUAUGCCGCCGUUAAGCCCUGAUGAGGCGAGGCUAUUGCUCCCCGAUCUUCCCAAUCUUCAAGACAUAUGGGCCAAGACUGCCGAAGCCCUGAUUCUGGAACGCAGGAUCGUUGAAAGACCCUCCGAUAUUCGGCGCAACGCUCAGAUAUUUACCGAGUUGAUUCGUGAAGAUGCCUGCGACGACGAAGACGAGUGGUUGUAUGGCAACGCCGCGUCGGACUCGGUUCGUCCCAACCUCGACGCCAUCGAAGAAGAUCCUUUGGAGUGA